AUGUGGACCUCGCUCCUCACUCCUCUUCUUGCUGUCGGCAUGGCCCGUGCCCAGGUCACUGCUGCCGGCGCCAACGGUGUUACCAACCCCGACAAGCCCGAGUUUCUCCCCAUCGGCGCGCAGGUCAACAUGACCUCGUACUCGCGCCUUCUCACUCUCAACAGUGUCGACGACUUUUGCCUUUACGGCCCUCCCGAGGCCGGACCGGACUCGCUGAUCGGUAACACCGAGCCGAUUGUCGUUGCCUGGUGCACCAAGCCCCGUAACAACGCUCGACUCAUUCCCGACGGCGCCAUCCACGCCGCACACUUCAUCAAGACCCCUCUCUACGUCCAGAUCUCUGGCUUCUGGGACGGAACCAAGGUCAACAUUCCCUAUGGCGACUCUGGUGGUGAGCUCGACCCCCACGGUGCCAAAAACCUGGGCAACCCCAUUGGUGGCAAUGUUACCACCGACGUUGCUACCGGUUCAGAUGUCUUUUACGAGGAGUGGAUGUCCUUUAUCUCGUACGACCAGUUCUGUCUUCGUAUCUGCACUGCGGAGACCAACAACGUUACCGCUGCUCUCCAGUGCGAGCACGAGCUUGACAUCAUGGGCUGCCGUUGGGUCAUGGCCAUUGACGACUUUUACCGCUCGAACGGCACCUUCACCUCGUGCGAAGGUGAGGCAGCUGCCCCCCCUGGCCUCUACCCCCAGGCCGACGGCUCCACCUCGACCUUCCGCCAGCGCUACACUGGCACUUGGUCCGCCGACGGAAGCCUUGGUGUCUUCACCGUUGGCCAGACUGUCACCCCCUCGGCGCCUGCCUUCUGGCCUGCCACCUCAAACUGCGUGACCUACUCCACCAUUGGCAACGGCGUCGCCACCACCGACUACAUGGUCACUGCUGCCCCCGUCACCUUCGUCUCCGGCUCGUCGGCUACUGUCACUGGCCUCUCUACCACUACCAUGGCCACUGUCACGACCCCGACCAACAUUGUCGAGUCGACCUCUACCGCUGCCGAGGCCACUGACGCGGCCAGCACGGAUGGCUCCAAGUCGGGUGAGGCGGGCUCGUCGGCCGGUGCGGCCACCACCUCGUCGGGCAGCUCGUCGUCGGCUGGCGUCUCGGCCUCCAGCUCGUUCGGUGCCGUCGCUGUUGUCGCUGGUGCCCUUUUGGGUGCCGCUGUCAUCUUCUAA